AUGGCGACGGAUCUGGCAGAAACUUCAACAGGAUUGAGCGAUGGGCAUCGAUCCAAGGCCUUUGAUGCGGAUGAGCCUCCAACGGGAUUGGAGUGGACAACCACUUCAUGUGGAACAGCAUGCACCAAAAAUACCUGGACCAUGCCGAGCCCAGAAUCGACGUGGGAGCUCGCAGAAAAAAUCAGGAUGGAGCGCAGCGAGAACUCAAGCAUGUCUGGGACUUCACCCACGGCAAAAGAGCUUCUGACGGAGGUUGACCCAGAGAUUCUUCGUGGUGUGCGGCUUGACGUCGCUCUGCAGGGUCUGGGACGACACCUGCAUCCACCAGAUUCUGGAAUGUUUCAUGUGGAUCCGAAGAACUAUGCGCUGAGUCGAAAGACUGCCAAAUUUCAUGCCUUCCUCAGCCACGACUGGGCAUCAUCCAGAUGGAUGAAGGUGAUUGCACUUCUAAUUGCCUUCAAUGCACGCGCCGCCUCGAUCACCACAACUAUCGUCAGUGUGUUGACAGGACUUCUGUGUGCUUUCGGGGUAUUCCCCUUUGGUAUGUGGAUUGCUGGCCUGCCGCAUGCCACAUUCUGGCUUGUGUUCCUGUUCUGGCAACGGAUCAGAAGCUUCGUGGGUUUUCCAGUUGUGGUAUUUUUGGACAAGCUCUGCAUUGCACAGCAUGACGAGAACCUCAAAGAGAAGGGGGUGCUGGGACUGGCAGCAUUCCUGAACCGCUCGGAUGAACUGACAAUUCUUUGGUCCAAACGCUACUUCCGCCGGCUUUGGUGCAGCUUUGAGCUUGCAACGUUUAUGAAGGACAGUGGCAAGCAUGCGCAUAUUCGGCUGGUGCCGCUGAAGAUGGGGGUCUUGAUGGCACUCAUGUCACAAAUCCAAGUGAUCGCGGCGGCCCUGUUCUACGUUUCGCUAGACGCGGAAAGUGGUCACCGAUGCCCUAUCGUUGUGGGGAGCCUGGCGGCUGCGGCCGUCGUUGCAAUCUUUCCUGCGCUCAACUACAUUGGCAUUGGUCUCAUGCAGGAACUGGAGGAGUUGCCCCGCCAGGUGUGCAACUUUCGGGUCCAGCAAUGUGAGUGCUUCUGCUGCUCGAAUCACCACCGACAUCCGGACACGGGGGCAGAAAUUCACUGUGAUCGUGCCGCUGUUGGGCAGAUGCUUCAGCAGUGGUUUGGGCGACCAGGUGACGUCGGCGAGGAGCACUGUAGACGCUUCAAUCGUCUCGUGCGCGAUCGCCUGGGCCCCCAAAUCCUCGGCUCUGUUGGAAGUGAUGCCCUGCCAAUAUCCUACGUGCUCUACGUGGUUUGCUGCAGUAAUGUUCCCUGGCUGUCUACUGUCAUUGUCCGUAUUGCAGCAGGACCGGCUGAAGCAGCUGGGAUCGAUUCACUGUUCUGGGGCCUCCGGAUGUUCCUUGAAUGGGCACAACUCUGCCUCGCGGCAUUGUGCGUCGUGCGCGUUAGCCUGCUGCUCUGGAAGCAAGGGCGUAACAUACAAGGGCAGAGAAAGCGGUUUCUGGCGUCAAUUGCCAUGGUCGUCCCAAUAGUGGCAACCGGAAUGGCCACCUUUUGGUCCUUCGUUCUGGUCUAUGAUGCGACUCCAGACAGCAGUAUGCUUCCCGCGAUCCCAUUCAUCGUGGUGCUUGUUAUUGAUGUAUACCUAUAUUGGCCGCCAAGCGUGCAGGUGCGCGACUUGGAACGGACCCCAGUGACGCUACCGGCAGUUUCAGAAGCCGGGGACAUCUCUCCAGGGUCUCCAUGUUCCUUGGAGAAUGACACCAUAUUCUCUCCGACAUGCGAGGACAACGUCUUUUCCAGUGAACAGAAAGGGGCCGUGCUCAACAUCAGCAUGAAGAAUUGUCGUGAUCUGGAUCAUCGCCUCGAUGUGAAGACUCUGAAGAGAUACCUUGGCACAGACACAGGACUCCACGACUGCGAGCAGGACCAUUUCAGCGUGUGA